CAGAGGAAAGAACGGCUUUGAAUAGUCGGUCGUCCGACUCCCUGGCCCGUUUCUGCAUUCUCACCAACCGGAAAGGCACCAUUUCGACUUAUUCUCCUCUCGGCUCCUUCGCCGGAUUUCCACGAUCCCAGGUCUCCGACAGCCUACCUUGUACCAGUGCAAAACUUGACCUUGUCCGCUCAGAAUCUUGGCCCAUCACAUCUGCCUACAAGAGGUCGGGUACCCUGUCCCGCAAUUCAUCCAUCAGCAAUAAGCUUACUGAAAUGCCAUCAACCGUGACAGACGCAAACAUCAGCCUCGUAAGUGGCCGAGACAAAAGCCUUGGUAGUCAUGCCGUAGACGACACGCUGGAGAAGGUAGAGACGUUGGUGGCGUCUGGAAGCCAAGUUAGUUUGGACCCCCAAGAUAACCCAGCGCCUGAGGGUGUCUGGCAGCAUGGCGGAGCAGCAACACCACAAAAUUUGGGCAAAAACUCGGGCUUUACUGUUGUUGAUGAGGUGUUCAUUACCACAGACUGCAUCGCCUAUCCAUAUUUGAAUCUGCCAGCGCCAACUGUGUCGUCCGCCAAGCACCAAGCAAGACCGGCAGACGACCAGUUUCUUGGUCAUAAAUGCAGCUUAGUCAAUUCGAGGGCUGACCAGCACCAGCAGAUGAGUCAACAAAUGGUCCGAGUUAAUGAAACUCGAACGAAAUCCAACCCAACCGGUAAAACUAGCAGUGUGAGACUAUGA